GAAAAGUUUGUUCACAAAUAUUAUUUAAUAAAUCAAUUUUUUCUCUUCGAUUUUUUUCAGUUAGCUAUCAUAGGAAUUAUUUCAUUAUGUCGUUUGCAAAAACCACCACGGAUCUAUGUAGAAAAAUCUCUCGAAGAAAUUUUAUCUAACAAUGGUAAACCACUUCCUCAUAUUACUACUGAUCAGUGCCAUCCGGGUGAUCGAGAGGAUAACUUAUGGUUGACAUUUAAUGAUUAUAUACCACCGGAAACACAAAUCGAAUGGGAAGAAACAUGCUUUUUAGAUAAAUCAUUUCAUGGAUAUUAUACUUGGCCAAAAACAAUUAAAUAUCCAUUGAAUAAACGAGCACGUUAUACAAAAGAUCAUGAAAUGCCCCAAGAUGUAACCAUUUUAUAUGAUCGUUUUAUGAAUGAAAAAUUUGUAAGACAAAUCACACAAUUGAUGAUUUUGAACGAGACUGAAGAACAAAAGAACUUUGAUAAAGAUCAAUUUGUUAUGUUUAAAGGUCUAUUUCGUAAUUUUGGGUUGGCAUUUUUUGAUAAUUUCAUGGAACAAUUGAACGAACUCGCUCAUGAAAAGAUCACAAAAAAACAAGAAGGCAGUCAUCAAGUAGCUGCACAAAUUGUAGCAGGAAUGAUUUGUGGCUCAAAAAAUUGGACAUUAAAAAUGAUAAAUAAAGAUCCGCGUCGAAUGUUCCGCGUAAUUCAUUUUCUGUGCACACUGAUCAAUGCAAAAUCAACAUCGAAUACAUUUAAUGAAUCAGCACGUUGGUGCUUAAUUCGAAAUUUAGACGAAUUUCAGUGGCGUAUACCAUCUGUUUGGUGUGAAGUGUAUAAACACAUUGCAGAAUUACUCGAUCAUUCAUCUCUAAGUGUUCGUACUCGUAUUGCUUAG